AUGCCGCCAGGAGGAACAAAAGAGAUGCUCAAGACUGAUUUACGCAGGUGUUUGAAAGAAGCAACAAUAUUAUCAACGAUGACUGUACCAACUGCUCUCGAACUACUUCAUGCGUUCUUGGAGGAAGGUCAUAGUGUCACAAUGGAUCCGACAUUUCCUAAAAAGCCGCCGAAUGCGUUUUCAAUAUUUAUGCGAAAAGCAGGACACAGCAGGUUCUCAUCGAAUGUGGGCGCAUUUUGGAAUAAUGAAUCGAAUGCAGCCGAUAAAGCAGAAGCAAGGAAGGAAGCUUUACAGUUAAUGGAAAAGUAUUUGUCAAAUUUACAUGCAUACAAAGAGGCACACCAAGAAUUAACGCUAGCACAUCUAAAUUAUGUGGAUAAUGCAAUUUCGAUUGCACAGAAAGCUAUCAGUAAAUCAAAAGGGAUAAAAGCAAAUAACAGCAGGAAAUCCAUUAAGAAGAAAGAACCGAAAACUGCCUUCGAUCUUUUUGCAAUUAGUAUGGCCAAUAAAUAUGUCGAUUUGGAACCAGAAAAACGAGAAAAGAGAUUGCGUAAGAAAUUUGAUAAACUGAGCGAAGGCGAGCGAGAAAUUUAUGAUAAUCUGGCGGCAGCACUUUAG